CGUGACGUCACGCCCCGCCCGCAGCCAUGCGUACUGAGCUUGUUAUCGGGUCGCUUGUUAUGACUGGAGAAGGCCUCGGACUCAAUUAAAACUUAUCCCCGGGACAGCCGCAUGCUCAUGGAGGGCAUGGACAUAGACCUGGAUCCGGAGCUCAUGCAAAAAUUCAGCUGCAUGGGCACCACGGAUAAAGAUGUCCUCAUCUCGGAGUUCCAGAGGCUGCUGGGCUUUCAGCUCAACCCGGCUGGCUGCGCCUUCUUCCUGGACAUGACCAACUGGAACCUACAAGCAGCUAUUGGUGCGUAUUAUGACUUUGAGAGUCCAAAUAUCAACACGCCGUCAAUGUCUUUUGUGGAAGAUGUGACGAUUGGAGAGGGGGAGUCUGUUCCUCCUGACACACAGUUCACAAAGACAUGGAGGAUACAGAACACAGGUACAGAGUCGUGGCCCCCAGGUGUGUGUCUGAAGUAUGUUGGCGGGGAUCAGUUUGGUCAUGUGAACAUGGUGAUGGUGCGUUCUCUGGACCCGCAGGAGAUCUCAGACGUGAGCGUGCAGAUGCGCAGUCCAGCCGUUCCUGGCAUGUACCAGGGCCAGUGGAGAAUGUGCACUGCCACUGGACUCUUCUACGGAGAUGUGAUCUGGGUGAUAUUGAGUGUGGAAGAGGGAGGCCUGCUGGGCGUCACACAGCAGUUAUCCUCCUUCGAGACAGAGUUCAACACGCAGCCACACCGCAGUCUAGAGGGAGACUUCAACCCUUUCGCCUCACCACAGAAGAACAAGCAGGACACCAAUGAGGAUAAUCUAAAAGACCCCGGGGGCCACUGGGAGGCCCCUCUGGACUCCAUUCAGCAAGAUCAAAAUGGACUCAAUCACAGCUCUGUAAAUAUUACACCAAAUGGUCUCCAAAACAACUUAUCAGUAGUGACUUACAGCCAGGGCAUUAAUGGACCCUUCCCGUUCGGACAGUCUUAAGAUACAGAAACCACCCGGUAGCUCAUCUGAGCUGCUGCUUUUGCCCUUUUCUAGGGUUCAGUGAGAGGAGGAACAGAUUUACUCUAAAGACUUGGUGACCCUCCCUCUCCCCCGACGCAUCACAACAUCACAUAAAUGUGUGGACAAAUCUGUUUGGCUCCAAAUCAAUAUUGAACCAACAACUGAGUUUCGCAUGUGUGAAUGCUAGAUUUAGAUGAGUGCUAGAAAUUCUAAAGAGAUAUAAUGAAAAAUACACCGUUUUUUGAUCCGUAUUGUCACAUUACAGCAGUAAAUUCAGAUGCGUGAGUGAAAGAGAGGCAGGACGAGUGAAUGAGUGAAUGUUACGAGAACACGUCUGAGUCACGUUUCACACCAAAAUCAAUAGGAAAGCAUACAAAUUUUAUAUUUGCAUAAAGAAAAUAAAACAUGUUUUUAGGACUUUUAAGAUAUAUUUGGCCUCAUGACAAUUAGGCACAUUUCCACCCAAAUUUUUCAUUACUGUAAUAAGUGGGCAUUUUUUUUUUUUUUUUUUUUUUAUUACAGUUGUUCUCACAUUUAACUACAUUUUUUUUGUAUUAAUUUUUAAAUAUUGCACUAAUCCUAAUUUAAAUGCACCUAAAUAACAUAUGAAAGAUAAUACUUUACAAUUUAAAUAUAUACUUUUGCAUUACAAUUAAAAUAAUGUCACAGCAAAGGAAAUGUUUAAUUUUCUUUAAGCAGAGUGUAAUUUUUCAUUUCUUCCUUUUGAUUUUGCGCUGAAAUGUGACUGGGUUUUGUUCUUGACAGGAGAGUCACCUCAAUAUGUGUGUGACUGAGUGUUUCAGCCAUGCACAAAAGCCAUCAACAAAGAAUUAAUGCCUGUCAAGUAGUUUUAUAAUUUUUCAUCAAUGUACUUUUUCUUUACAAACUGAGCAGUUUUGAGAAAAAAGGUCAAUGUGCCUACUUGGAGGCUAAAUCGUGUAAUUGGUUUCAUAAGGUCCUUUGCCAGCCACUUGUAAUUGUUUAUUACAAAAUUUUUCUCUGGAUUCAGUAGGAAAAAAAAAGCCCAGCAACCUGUACAGCGUACAUGAGCACAUUAUGUCUCAUUAUAUUGAAGUAUACAUCUCUACUGCCACCACAGGUCAAGUCAUAGCUGUCGUCAGAGAUCUUGUUGCUGUUAUCAUAUUUGUUUACAUUGAUGUUGUUCUGGAGUUCCAGAUUGCUGAUGUUGGUUUCCACUCGUAAUGACUCAGUCCAUCAGAAAUGAUAGCAAGCAGAUGUGGCUUUGGUUCCCUUGUUUACUGACCUAAGAGUUCACAAGCACAUCAUUGAUUUUCCCAAACAUACAUUUCUGUCGUUCACUUAGACCUACGAUGGUAUUAAGCUGUUUUAAAUGAGCUGAGGGUGUUUUAAUGAGGGAAAAGUGAGAAUGAGUUCAUUUUAAAGGAAUAUUUUGGGUUAAAUGCAAGUGGAUGUCAUCUGUGACAGAAAAUAAUUUGGAUUUGCACCUUUCUACAGCGUUGACGUGCCUACAAUCAAAGCCUGUGGCAAGUGCACUUCUUCUAUUGUAAGGGAGUUUCCCUACACACCUUUUUUUUAGUAUCUUAUUAAGGUGUUAUUUUCUGUGGUAGCAUUUGCAUUUAACCAAAAAUAUUCUUUUUAAUUUGUAUUCUUGAGUUGUUGCUAAAUGUUGAAAAGGCAAAUUUUGAGCUGUAACGCUCUAAAUAAUAUUUUAAUGCAUAGAGGAGUUUUGUGGAGUUUAUUUGGUUUAAAUCGUGCCUCUGUGUUUGGUAUGACGGAAAGCUUCUUGGAUGUUUAUAUCUUGCUACAUAUAUCUGAAAGGCUGUUUUACUCACCAUUUUCUGUUUUGCUGCAAUGGUUAGGCAAUUUACAAGACAUAAAACAAAAUGUUGACAAGUCUCCUAUAAUGUUUUUCUUUAUUGGUCAGUUUACUGAGAUAAAUGUUAGGUCAUGAAGAUGAAAGCGUUUAAACAAAUUAGCUGCUGUCCUCAAGCAGUAUGCAAAUCAGCAAGCCCAAAUAGACCUUUAUGUCAAGGCAAUAGAGAUUAGUGUCAGCAUGUCCUGUUAAAUUUAACACGUCAGGCAAUUCAUGCCCGUUUCCCCCCGGUUCUAUGCACCUGGAAGAUUUCGCCAUUAACGAUACCGACAUUGCGUCCAGUUUUUUAGAAUUGCUGUGGCUUCAGUUUUACAUUGCAAAUGAUCUAUGCAGUGUUUUAAGGGACAGUACCUUCCAUAUUCCUGAAAGUUGCACUCACAGUUGAAGCAUAAAAGAAGUUCAUGUUCUGAAACUGGUCGCCGUUUUACGUUGCCGUUAGGACAGAAGCAAACUAACGUUUUGCAUAGUGCUCGGCCCACAAACAGCUCAUUGGAGGAUGCCAUCGCUUCAUCAGUCAAGUCUUCCUUUGAGCUGUUCUUAGUGAAUGUCCUCAUCCCAAGCGCUACACACUUCACAGCCUCCUUCCGAUGAUUUAUAAUUACACUCUGGAUUUUUUUUUUUUUUUUUUGUGUUGCUUAUGCAUGUGAGAAGUGUGAUUGAUUCAUUGCUGCAUUAUUGUCUUUUUUUCUGAUUUCUUUCUUUUUUCUGUUAGAUCUGUUGGGUUUUCUGCACCGUGGCAUGGUGUAUGAUUGAGCGGAGAGUUUGCAUAGAGUCCUAUGAUAGCACAGUGAAAAAGAGAAAAUAUGAAAAGCCUUUUCCUGUAUGUAUAAUUGAACAUUUGUAUGAUUAAAUUAACACUGAAACAAA